GACAUAUAUUAUUUGUGUAUGAAAAUUGUUUUAACAAGGGCAAUGUUCUUUCGAUCAUUAUUAAUAAAAAUAUUAUUUUGCAUACAUUUAUUUAAAUGAAUUCUUUAUUUUACAUUAAGGAAAAGGUAUAUGAAGAAUUAUGCGAAAUUUAUGGAACUAAAAGUACAAUAGAUGCGCCAAUCAUGUACGAGGACUUACAAUAUAUGCGUUAUUUGGACGGUGUCAUAAAAGAAACUAUGAGAAUUUUUCCCAUUGUACCUCUAGUUGGACGAAAGGCAACCAAAGACAUAAAAAUAGGUGACAAGACUAUACCAAAAGGCGCAAAUAUUAUCGUUGCAAUUUUUCAUAUUCAUCGAAAUGACAAAUACUGGCCAAAUCCUCUAAAAUUUGAUCCUGAAAGAUUUCUUCGAGAGGACAUUAACCAUUCUCAAUACUAUAUUCCUUUUAGUGCUGGUCCAAGGAAUUGCAUUGGAAUGAAAUAUGCUGCAAUAAGUACAAAAGUUAUUUUAGCAACAUUAAUUAGAACAUUUUCUUUUAAAGUUGACAAAAAAAUUAAAUUAGAGAAUAUUAAAUUAAAAUUUGACAUAGUUUUAUCAACGGAAACACCUUUGAAAGUCCGAAUAGAAAAACGGAUAUAAUAAAUAUAUGAAAAAUUUAUUUGCACAACAUGGUACUGGAUUACGAAAAAACACUGGGGCCCUAGGACGUUACUUUUUUUACAACUGUAACGGUAACGUAGUUAUUUCUUUUAGUAACUGUAAUGAAUUUAACAAUUACUUUUAUUGUUACAUCUUCAAUCGUCAUGUAUCAAUCGAUAUUCAUACUGUAUUAUUAUCAUAGAUCGUUAUAUUUCACAUUAUAUAUUAUAUAUUUAAGAUAUGUUUCAAAUUAUUACGUCAAAAAUUUGAAUGUAAACUUGAGAAUACAAUUAAACACUUUAGCUAUAUUU